AUGAGGGGCCGGCGGGGCAGGCCGCCCAAGCAGCCCGCGGCUCCCGCUGCGGAGCGCUGCGCCCCGGCCCCGCCGCCGCCGCCGCCGCCGCCGCCCACGUCCGGACCCAUCGGGGGGCUCCGCUCGCGGCACCGCGGCAGCAGUCGGGGCAGGUGGGCCGCCGCCCAGGCUGAGGUGGCGCCCAAGACGCGGCUGAGCUCGCCCAGGGGGGGCAGCAGUAGCCGGAGGAAGCCGCCGCCGCCGCCGCCGCCGCCGCCGCCGGCCCCCCCCAGCACCAGCGCCCCGGGCCGGGGGGGGCGAGGAGGCGGGGGCGGCAGGACAGGGGGCGGGGGCGGCGGCGGCCACCUGGCCCGGACCACCCCGGCCCGGAGGGCCGUCAACAAAGUGGUGUACGAUGACCACGAGAGCGAAGAGGAGGAGGAGGAGGAGGACAUGGUCUCGGAGGAGGAGGAGGAGGAGGAGGACGGCGACGCCGAGGAGACCCAGGAUUCCGAGGACGACGAGGAGGAUGAGAUGGAGGAGGACGACGAUGACUCCGACUAUCCGGAGGAGAUGGAAGACGACGACGACGACGACGCCAGUUACUGCACGGAAAGCAGCUUCAGGAGCCAUAGCACCUAUAGCAGCACUCCAGGUAGGCGAAAACCGAGAGUACAUCGGCCUCGUUCUCCAAUAUUGGAAGAAAAAGACAUCCCGCCCCUUGAAUUUCCCAAGUCCUCUGAGGAUUUAAUGGUGCCUAACGAGCAUAUAAUGAAUGUUAUUGCCAUUUAUGAGGUAUUGCGGAACUUUGGCACGGUUCUAAGGUUAUCUCCUUUUCGCUUCGAGGACUUCUGUGCAGCUCUGGUGAGUCAAGAGCAGUGCACACUUAUGGCAGAGAUGCACGUCGUGCUUUUGAAAGCUGUCUUGCGUGAAGAAGACACUUCCAAUACUACCUUUGGACCCGCUGAUCUGAAAGACAGCGUGAACUCCACGCUGUAUUUCAUCGAUGGCAUGACGUGGCCAGAGGUGCUGCGGGUGUACUGUGAGAGUGACAAGGAGUACCAUCACGUUCUUCCUUACCAGGAAGCGGAGGACUAUCCUUACGGACCAGUAGAGAACAAAAUCAAAGUCCUGCAGUUCUUAGUCGAUCAGUUUCUCACCACAAACAUCGCCCGUGAGGAGCUGAUGUCUGAAGGGGUGAUCCAGUAUGACGACCACUGUCGGGUCUGUCACAAACUCGGGGAUUUGCUUUGCUGCGAGACCUGCUCGGCGGUGUACCAUUUGGAAUGUGUGAAGCCGCCGCUCGAGGAGGUGCCGGAGGAUGAGUGGCAGUGUGAAGUCUGUGUAGCACAUAAGGUGCCUGGUGUGACUGACUGCGUUGCUGAAAUCCAAAAAAACAAACCCUAUAUUCGACAUGAACCUAUCGGAUAUGACAGAAGUCGGAGGAAAUACUGGUUCUUAAACCGAAGACUCAUAAUAGAAGAAGAUACAGAAAAUGAAAAUGAAAAGAAAAUUUGGUACUACAGCACAAAGGUCCAACUUGCAGAAUUAAUUGACUGUCUAGACAAAGAUUACUGGGAGGCAGAACUCUGCAAAAUUCUAGAAGAAAUGCGUGAAGAAAUCCACCGGCACAUGGACAUAACUGAAGACCUGACCAAUAAAGCUCGGGGCAGUAACAAAUCCUUUCUGGCGGCAGCUAAUGAAGAAAUUUUGGAAUCCAUAAGAGCCAAAAAGGGAGACAUUGAUAUUGUUAAAAGCCCAGAAGAAAUAGACAAGGACAAGAAUGAGACUGAAAAUAGUAACUCCAAAGAUGCUGAGAAAAGCAGAGAGGAGUUUGAAGACCAGAUUGUUGAAAAAGACAGUGAUGACAAACCACCAGAUGACGUCGAUCCUGAGCAAGGAAAAUCUGAGGAGCCAACAGAAGUUGGGGAUAAAGGUAACUCUGUGUCAGCAAAUCUUGGCGACAACACAACAAAUGCUUCUUCCGAAGAGACUGUUCCCUCUGAAGGGAGGAGUCCCAUGGGGUGUGUCUCAGAAACCCACGGUAGCAGCAACAUGGCAGAGAAGAAGGUGGCAUCUGAGCUCCCCCAGGACGUGCCAGAAGAACCUAGCAAGACAUGUGACAGCAAUAAGACUAGUGCUACCACUGCCUCCAUCCAGCCUGAUCUGGAGCACAGUAACAGCAGCAGUGAGCUAAACUCUUCCCAGAGUGAAUCUGCUAAGGCAGCUGAUGACCCUGAAAAUGGAGAAAGAGAAUCCCAUACACCUGUCUCUAUUCAAGAAGAGAUAGGUGAUUUCAAAUCAGAGAAGUCUAAUGGGGAAGUCAGUGAGUCUCCUGGAGGAGGAAGAGGAGCGUCUGGUUCAACUCGGAUUAUCACCAGGUUACGGAACCCAGACAGCAAACUGAGUCAGCUGAAGAGCCAGCAGGUGGCCGCCGCAGCCCAUGAAGCGAAUAAAUUGUUUAAGGAGGGGAAAGAGGUACUGGUAGUUAACUCUCAAGGAGAAAUUUCACGGUUGAGCACCAAAAAGGAGGUGGUCAUGAAGGGAAACAUCAACAAUUAUUUUAAGUUGGGUCAAGAGGGGAAGUAUCGCGUCUACCACAAUCAGUACUCCACCAAUUCAUUUGCUUUGAAUAAGCAUCAGCACAGAGAAGACCAUGAUAAGAGAAGACAUCUUGCACAUAAAUUCUGCCUGACUCCAGCUGGAGAGUUCAAAUGGAAUGGUUCUGUCCAUGGGUCCAAAGUUCUUACCAUAUCUACUCUGAGACUGACUAUCACCCAGUUGGAAAACAAUAUCCCUUCCUCCUUUCUUCAUCCCAAUUGGGCUUCGCACAGGGCAAAUUGGAUCAAGGCUGUUCAGAUGUGUAGCAAACCCAGAGAAUUUGCAUUGGCUUUAGCUAUUUUGGAGUGUGCGGUUAAGCCAGUUGUGAUGCUGCCAAUAUGGCGGGAAUCUUUAGGACAUACCAGGUUACAUAGAAUGACAUCAAUUGAAAGAGAAGAAAAGGAGAAAGUCAAAAAAAAGGAGAAAAAACAAGAAGAGGAAGAAACAAUGCAACAAGCUACAUGGGUAAAAUACACAUUUCCAGUUAAACAUCAGGUUUGGAAACAAAAAGGAGAGGAAUACCGAGUAACUGGAUACGGUGGUUGGAGCUGGAUUAGUAAAACUCAUGUUUAUAGGUUUGUUCCUAAAUUGCCAGGCAAUACCAAUGUGCAUUACAGAAAGUCAGUAGAAGGAGUUAAAAAUAACAUGGAUGAAAAUAUGGAUGAAUCAGAUAGAAGGAAAAGUCCACGAAGUCCAAAAAAGAUAAAAACAGAACCAGAUUCUGAGAAAGGCGAGGUAAAAGACUCUGAUGCUGCAAAAGGAUCAGACCAAAGUGAAAUGGACAUUUCAAAGGUUACUGAGAAGAAGGAUCAAGAUGUAAAAGAAGUUUUAGAUUCUGACAAUGAUAAAUCCUUUAAAGAAGAACCGAUGGAUAUAGAUGAUGAUGUGAAAACAGAGUCCCAUGUAAAUUGUCAGGAAAGCUCUCAAGUAGAUGUGGUCAAUGUCAGUGAGGGUUUUCAUCUAAGGACUAGUUAUAAAAAGAAAAUCAAAUCAUCCAAACUAGAUGGACUUCUGGAAAGGAGAAUUAAACAGUUUACACUGGAAGAAAAACAACGCCACGAAAAAAUGAAGUUGGAGGGUGGUAUUAAAGGUUCGGGAAAGACCCCUACAAGUUCUGUGAAAAGUCUGUCUGAGUCACCAGUCAUAACGAAAGUAAAAGAAGGAUGUCAGAGUGACUUGAUUACACAAGAACAGAGCUCUAACACAAGUAACGAUAAAUCCGAAGACUCAAUUCGGGAAUAUUCACAGAGUGAUUCCUCAAUUCUUGGAAUCAGUGACCCUGAUCAUACAGCAAACAAACUUUAUUCAAAAGAUCAAAUGUUAGAGGAUGUCUCCAUUCAGAGCACAGAGACACAAUGUCAAAAACAAAAUUCUAUUCGAAAUGACAUGGAUGAGGGUCUCUCUGACCCUGCCAGUGAAGGCCAGGAGCCCAGUAAGAUUAAAACAAAAGGAACUGAUUUUCUCAUUGAUGACUCUAAACUAGCCAGCACAGAUGAAAUUGGUACUUUGAUCUAUAAGAACAGAAAACCAUUCAUACAGGAAGAUAAUGACACCACUGUGUGUCCCUCCCAGAGCCCUGUGCUUCCAUCAGUACCUAAAAGUAGUGAUGAUAGAGAGAUCCCAUCUCUGUCAAAAACAAUAGACUUUGAAGGAAAACUGGGAUGUGACUCUGAAUAUAAUAGCACUUUGGAAAAUAGUUCUGAUACUAUGUCUGUUCAGGACAGCAGUGAAGAAGAUAUGAUUGUUCAAAAUAGCAAUGAAAGUAUUUCUGAACAGUUAAUAACUCAAGAACAAGGUAGUGAAGGCUUUGAACCACUGAAACGUGAAUUUGUUUCAGAUAAUACUACUGGAAGCUGUGAUGACAGGCUGCAGGGUAAGGUAAAUGAUGCAAAUGGUAGAAAGCUAAGUCAAGAUCAGAAAUUAGAGGAGAGACCACUUAAUAAAUGUAUUGAUCAAAACAGUCUGAAAAGUGUCACUGAUAAAAAGAAUAAUGAAAACCGAGAGUCUGAAAAGAAAGGACAGAAAGCAGGUACCUUUCAAAUAAAUGGAAAAGAUAAUAAACCUAAAGUAUAUUUGAAAGGUGAAUGCUUGAGAGACAUCUCUGAGAAUAAAAUAGGAAGUGGUGACGUUGAACCAAAGGUUAAUAAUAUAAAUAAAAUUAUUCCUGAAAAUGAUAUCAAGCCUUUGACUGUUAAAGAAUCUGCUGUAAAACCAUUCAUGAAUGGUGAUGUCAUCAUGGAAGAUUUUAAUGAAAAAAAUAACUUGGAAACAAAAUCACAUUUACUGAGGUCUUCGGAUGCUGAAGGUGACUACCAUGAUAGCCUGGAGACACUGCCAUCAACCAAAGAGUCUGAGAGCGCCCAGGCCACCAUGCCUCUGCCGUCUUGUCCAGAAGGCAGUUCAUCCAAUCAGGUAGAAGAUAUGGAAAUUGACACCUCCAAAGUUAAGAAAGUUACUUCGUCCCCUAUUACUUCUGGAGAGGAAUCUAACCUCAGUAAUGAUUUUAUUGAUGAAAAUGGCCUGUCCACCAACAAAGAUGAAAAUGUCAAUGGAGAACCUAGAAGAAAAACAGUCAUCACAGAAGUCACCACCACGACAUCCACAGUGGCCACAGAAUCAAAAACUGUAAUUAAGGUGGCGAAGGGUGAUAAGCAGACCGUGGUCUCUUCCACGGAAAACUGCGCCAAGUCGACCGUCAUGACCACCACGACAACAGUGACCAAGCUCUCCACACCCUCUGCAGGCAGUGACGUGGACAUCAUCUCUGUGAAGGAGCAGAGCAGAACUGUGGUCACCACAACAGUGACCGACUCGCUGACCACCGCAGGAGGCACCCUGGUAACGUCUAUGACCGUGAGCAAGGAAUAUUCCACCAGAGACAAAGUGAAACUCAUGAAGUUUUCAAGACCCAAGAAGACUCGUUCAGGUACAGCUCUGCCAUCAUACAGAAAGUUUAUCACCAAGAGCAGCAAGAAGAGCAUAUUUGUUUUGCCCAAUGAUGACCUAAAAAAAUUGGCCAGAAAAGGAGGAAUCCGAGAAGUCCCUUAUUUUAAUUACAAUGCAAAACCUGCCUUGGAUAUAUGGCCAUAUCCUUCUCCUAGACCAACCUUUGGUAUCACUUGGAGGUAUAGGCUUCAGACUGUGAAGUCCUUAGCUGGAGUGAGUCUCAUGUUACGGUUACUGUGGGCAAGUCUGAGAUGGGAUGACAUGGCAGCUAAGGCUCCUCCGGGAGGAGGGACCACACGGACAGAAACAUCAGAAACUGAAAUCACAACAACAGAAAUAAUUAAGAGGCGAGAUGUUGGUCCUUAUGGCAUUCGAUCUGAAUAUUGUAUCAGGAAAAUCAUUUGCCCCAUUGGAGUUCCAGAAGCACCAAAAGAAACACCUACACCUCAGAGGAAAGGCCUUCGAUCAAGUGCGUUGCGGCCGAAGAGACCAGAAACGCCCAAGCAAACUGGCCCUGUUAUUAUCGAAACCUGGGUGGCAGAGGAAGAGCUGGAAUUAUGGGAGAUCAGGGCAUUUGCUGAAAGAGUGGAGAAAGAAAAGGCACAAGCAGUUGAGCAACAGGCUAAGAAACGAUUGGAACAGCAGAAGCCUACAGUGAUUGCAGCUUCUACUACUUCCCCAACAAACAGUACAACUAGUACCAUCUCUCCAGCACAGAAAGUCAUGGUGGCCCCCAUAAGUGGCUCGGUCACAACCGGAACUAAAAUGGUACUAACUACUAAAGUUGGAUCUCCUGCUACAGUAACAUUCCAGCAGAACAAGAACUUUCAUCAAACCUUUGCCACCUGGGUUAAGCAAGGCCAGUCAAAUUCAGCCACCAGCACAGCUGCCACAUCUGCUACAACCAUUGCCAGCACAGGUCAGACGUUCCAAAUUACAGGCAAUCCAGUCACUAUGGCAGGAAAAGUAAUUACCAAACUUCCACUUCCUGCAAACAGCAAGAUUGUCGCUGUAAAUGUGCCAGCAACACAAGGAGGCGUUGUUCAAGUACAGCAGAAAGUCCUGGGUAUCAUUCCAUCGAGUACAGGUACAAGUCAGCAAACCUUUACUUCAUUCCAGCCCAGGACAGCAACAGUCACCAUUAGGCCCAAUACCUCAGGCUCUGGAGGAACCACAACCGCUUCCCAAGUCAUCACAGGGCCUCAGAUCCGCCCUGGUAUGACGGUGAUUAGAACUCCACUCCAGCAGUCAACACUAGGAAAGGCAAUUAUUCGAACACCUGUGAUGGUACAGCCAGGUGCUCCUCAGCAGGUGGUGACACAGAUCAUCAGAGGGCAGCCUGUUUCCACUGCAAUCUCUGCCCCUAGUACUGUUUCCUCCACACCUGCACAGAAGGGGUUAACUUCAGGAACAUCCACCCCGAGUCUGCAGCCUUCAACCUCACAGCCGCCUCGUCCCCAGCAAGGACAGGUGAAACUGACCAUGGCUCAGCUCACUCAGUUAACACAGGGCCACGGUGGCAAUCAAGGUUUGACAGUAGUCAUUCAAGGACAAGGUCAGACUACUGGGCAGUUGCAGUUGAUACCUCAAGGGGUGACUAUACUUCCGGGCCCAGGACAGCAGCUGAUGCAGGCUGCAAUGCCAAAUGGUACCGUUCAGCGAUUUCUCUUCACCCCGUUGGCAACCACAGCCGCCGCCACCAGCAGCACCACCACCACGGUCUCCACCACAGCAGCAGGUACAAGUGAACAAAGACAGAGUAAAUUAUCGUCCCCGACACAGGUGCAGCCAGCCAAAAGCCUGCCUCCAGCUCCGUCGAGCGUGAGUCCUCCAGAAGUCCAGCCUCAGCCUGCGCAGCCCGCUCAGCCUCCAGCUCAGCCUUCAGCUCAGCCCCAGCCCCAAACCCAGCCCCCAGCCCCAGCUCAGCCUGAAACUCAGACUCAGCCUGAAGUUCAGACCCAAACAACUGUGGCCUCCCAUGUCCCUCCUGAAGCACAGCCCACCCAAGCACAGUCCUCCAAACCCCAGGUUGCAGGACAGUGUCCGCCUCAGAGUAAUGUCCAAGGACAGUCUCCUGUUCGCGUCCAGAGCCCACCACAGACUCGAGUACGUCCAUCGACGCCAUCCCAAGUGUCUCCCGGACAGCAGGCCCAGGGUCAGACUACAGCUUCCCAACCGAUUCCAAUCCAGCCACAUACAUCUCUUCCGACACCUUCCCAGGGCCAGCCACAGUCACAACCCCAGGUACAGUCUUCAACUCAAACUCUUUCACCAGGACAAGCGUUAAGUCAAGUUACUGUUUCAUCCCCGCCCCGUCCUCCGCUCCAAGUACCGCAGCCUCAGCCCCAAGUCCUGGCUGUGCCGCAGCUGCCACCACAAGUCCAGGUUCUCUCCCAGAUCCAGUCACAGGUUGUGGCUCAGAUACAGGCUCAGCAAGGUGGUGUGCCCCAGCAGAUCAAACUCCAGUUACCUGUUCAGAUUCAGCAAAGCAGCCCUGUGCAGACUCACCACAUUCAGAAUGUGGUUACAGUGCAGGCAGCCAGUGUGCAAGAGCAGUUGCAGAGGGUUCAGCAACUCAGGGAUCAGCAGCAAAAGAAGAAGCAGCAACAGAUAGAAAUUAAGCGGGAACACACCCUCCAAGCUUCUAAUCAAAGUGAAAUCAUUCAGAAACAGGUGGUGAUGAAGCAUAAUGCUGUAAUAGAACAUUUAAAACAGAAAAAGACCAUGACUCCAGCUGAAAGAGAAGAGAAUCAAAGAAUGAUUGUCUGUAACCAGGUGAUGAAGUAUAUUUUGGAUAAGAUAGAUAAAGAAGAAAAACAGGCAGCAAAAAAACGGAAGCGAGAAGAGAGUGUGGAACAGAAACGUAGCAAACAGAAUGCCAGCAAGCUCUCUGCACUGCUCUUCAAGCACAAAGAGCACCUCAAAGCUGAAAUACUGAAAAAGAGAGCGCUGCUAGACAAAGAUCUACAAAUUGAAGUGCAGGAAGAGCUCAAGAGGGACCUGAAAAUUAAGAAGGAAAAAGACAUGGUGCAGGCCGCAGCAGUAACUGCCACCUGCCCCGCAGCCCCACCUGCACCUCCGGCCCCUCCGCCUUCGCCUCCGCCUCCGCCUCCCCCCCAGCACCCGGGCCCCCUGGCCACGGCCACGACCACGCUGCCCGUGGCUUCCCAGAAAAGGAAGCGGGAAGAGGAGAGAGACUCCAAGUCCAAGAAGAAGAAAAUGAUCUCUACUACCUCAAAGGAAACUAAGAAGGACACAAAGCUUUAUUGUAUCUGUAAAACGCCUUACGAUGAAUCUAAGUUCUAUAUUGGCUGUGAUCUUUGUACUAACUGGUAUCAUGGAGAAUGUGUUGGCAUCACAGAAAAGGAGGCUAAGAAAAUGGAUGUGUACAUCUGUAAUGAUUGUAAACGGGCACAAGAGGGCAACAGUGAGGAAUUGUACUGUAUCUGCAGAACACCUUAUGAUGAGUCACAAUUUUAUAUUGGCUGUGAUCGGUGUCAGAAUUGGUACCAUGGGCGCUGCGUUGGCAUCUUGCAAAGUGAGGCAGAGCUCAUUGACGAGUAUGUCUGUCCACAGUGCCAGUCAACAGAGGAUGCCAUGACAGUGCUCACGCCGCUCACAGAGAAAGAUUACGAGGGUCUGAAGAGGGUGCUGCGAUCUUUACAGGCCCAUAAGAUGGCCUGGCCUUUCCUUGAACCAGUGGAUCCUAACGAUGCACCAGAUUAUUAUGGUGUUAUUAAGGAACCUAUGGACCUUGCCACUAUGGAAGAAAGAGUACAAAGAAGAUAUUAUGAGAAGCUGACGGAAUUUGUAGCAGAUAUGACCAAAAUUUUUGAUAAUUGUCGUUACUACAAUCCAAGUGACUCCCCUUUUUACCAGUGUGCAGAAGUUCUUGAAUCAUUCUUUGUACAGAAAUUGAAAGGAUUCAAGGCUAGCAGGUCUCAUAACAACAAACUGCAGUCUACAGCUUCUUAA